GUGUUCCAUGACUCCGCCCCCGGCUUCCAUUUCUGAACCAAGGGACGCCGCCGCUCGCGUACUCUUCGCCUUUUUUAUGUACACAUUUAAGUAAAUAAACUACGGACUUUGACGAAAUUCGGGACCCUUGCGCGGUGGAAGCGAACGAAUAGCGGUGUUUUUCAAUCGCGGUACGCUGUUUCAAUAGUGGCCGAAGCUGUAGGUACAAUUUAAUCACCAUUUUAACUUUACUAAGCGGCGUUUUUUCCUCACGCCGCCCCGCUCACUCUUCCCCUUGUGUGUGAGUCAGGGCCCGCCUGUAACGUCGGUUUGGCCACGAGGCGAGUCUGUACAGUUGGAUCAGGGCGAUGGCGGAGUUUGGUAACGGACUAGCGGAGGAAUCCCUACUAGAUUCAGACCCCGGACAUCCCGAGUUGGAAGACCCGGGUGUCGGUGACGAAGAACCGGGAUUAGAAGAGGGAGAGGCCGCGAUUGAAGACCCGGUAAGUGAAGGUUAUUGUUUCACCGCAUGUGUGAUCACUGAACACACGCGUGUAGUGUAAUCGUAGCUUUAAGCAACAGUAGUCGAUAUAUUUUUGCUUAUUUUGUCCCCUCCGAUCUAGGGUCACAUGUCUUGUGCGUUACUGCAAUCUUCAAGUCUAUAUUAACCGCCAUUGUGGUUCACGCAGUGCAGUAGAAAAGGGUGGUGACAUGCGUGCUGUCGGCAGCCAUCUUGGCGCAACGGCAAUGCCAGUUUCUCUGCGCCAGGGAGCAGCACGAACCGGUGGGAGGGGGGGAGUGGGGGGCAGACGGAGAUGCAGGAGACAGUAAGGGGCGAGGGUAGGACAGGCCGCCGCCAUUAGCCGCCGCUGUGCGAGUCUACCUGCUUGAGAAGGCGACCUGCUGACGGUAAUAAGACUUCUUUUCCCCUCCAUUUUAAUUGACCGUUAAGCAGGCGGCUGCUGCAAGCGAAGCGCCAGUUCGAACAUGCAAAUGACCAUCCGCCAGCAGGCUAAUGUUAGCAUAUUGCAAAGCGGUAGCAUAUAGUGUUGGGAGCCGAACCGAUCUGUGGACCCAGCGACCGUCAUCACCGGCUACGAGAUGAAUUGCUUUAUGAUAGGGCAGACACCUCAGCAUGCUAGUUUGAUAUAUGUCAAUGCUUAAAUGGAAUUUUUUUCAUGCUAUAAAGCUAGCCGGUUUUAACAUUCCUGGACCAGACAUAGUAGACGCACCUGGCAUUUUUUGGCAUUAUUUGGGACUUGGGUUGGUGUCGCCCAUCAAUGGUGGGCAUAUGAGUUGCUGUGCAUUGAAGCUCGUAUGUUGGCCUAGACUACCUUUCCAAAUACAUGCAUAUAUUUCCAGGUGUGUUACUGACUGGCGGGCAGUGUGAGCGCGACACUAAGCGCAUAAGCAGGGGGCUGCGGUAUUUGAGGGGCUGGGUACGCAUCCUUCAAUGUUUUGCUAGGGCAAAGAGAGUGAAGGGAGGGGUGUGAAUGAGCUUGCAUUGGAAUAUGCGACAAAAGAUUGGUGCUCCAAUGUGGCACUGUCAGGUGACUUUGGCUCCGUCUGUGGAUGUGUGGCUAAAGACGGCCAGUAUUUGAUGUCAUACACAUGAUAUCCAGAUUAAAUAGGCCCCCCAAGAACAACGAUGCCGUUAUUAUCACGUGCAGUGUGACACUGAGCAGACACUCUCCCCAUUUUUUUUUUUUUUGUGAGAUGUGAAUGUAAUGUUGCCUGUGUGUCACUGCACUCAGAUGCACAAAGAGCCUUUACAUUUCAAAUCCUGUCAGCAUAGGCAUUGGCCCUAGAUAGAGCUGGAAUGACUCCCACUAUGCUGCAGUGCACCACUGUCAGGAGGGUCCGCUCCCUGUGUGAGGACACAGACAUAGCUGUGUUCACCGUAAGAGUAUUUCAUCCUUUUGCAGUGGCUUCUCAGUGGGUUCAUCAUCAUCAUCAAGUCUCACUCAUUUCCAGAUUUCGGAUUUUGUCAUAGCUACAACACCAUGAUAACUGGUAUUAUAAUUUUGGAUAAUAGGAAUGAAUGGCAAUGUGUGUGAAUGAAUGUUUGAAUUUUAAUAUGAAGAGAAAUGGUUGUUAAUGUCGCAGUUGAGGAAGGAGUAGUGGUGAAAGUUUCAGUGUUGUUGUCAUGACCGUUAAAGAGUGAUUUAAAUAUGUUCAUAUCGUAAUUUAACAGCAUAUAUUGUAUGUUGAUAAAUGGCAAUAAAGUCCAACUAUCAUGAUACCUUUGAGCUGUAUUCAUCACCACAUGCAAACAAAGCCAGGACAGGAAUCAUCCAUUCUUAACUCUCAGUUAAUAUGAUCAUAUAUUGUUUGAAUAAAUAUGAGAGUACAAGAUUAAUUUCUGAGCCAUCCCUAACUUCAUUGUGCUGCACAUUGAUCCCAGCUCGUGAUUAAGAAGAUAAAGUGAGAGCUGUCUGAGGGGAGAUGUAGAGCCCAUGUUCUGCUGUAUGAUAAUCAAUAGAAUACUCACUUAAUGAAACAUGCACUUACUGCAGCCCUAUUCUUGGUCACACUCUAUGCAAUGUGGUCCCUCCGAUCAGUUUGUCUCAAGGACUGUCAUCCGUUACCAAGGGUGAAGAAGACUGAAUGAAAAUUGAGUAUCUGCACAGAUGGAAACCUGGCAGCAGACUCUACUUCAGUUGUAUGACAAAGCACGUGGAAAAGCAACCGCCCAAAUGUAAAGAAGCUUAAAGAGAAAACCACUGAAAAUAUCGCUCUUGAUAACCAACCAAUGUGUGCGGUGUGCAUAUCUAAUAAAACAGCUGUAAUUGUGCUGUAAGACCAAAAGUACUUUUGAUACACAAUAUAAAACCAUCACUCUUGCUGCACAUAUAUAAUUACUCAGUUGCAUUAUAAACCAUGACGCUCCCUUUGAUUUCGUCGUCUAAUUUCCUAUAUUAACAAAGUUUUUUCACCACUUUUCACUACAUGGAGAGGCAACAAAGAAGCGAGCUGUUCCCAAAGUGGGCUUCUCUUUUCCAUUUGGCAAACAAGCACCUAAUAUUUCCUGGUUACCUGGUCAACGCGUUCCCUUCCAUCUUGUUGAAUGAUUAAUUGGCUGGAGCAGCAACGCUGGCACCUGACCCAACAGCAGGCUGAAAUGUCACAUUGCACUCCAGGGAGCUAGACUUACAUUAGGCAUACCCACUGAGUGUUAAUUUGGAUGACAAGACAGAAAGAUUCUCUCUCUGUUUUCUCUCUGGUUCUCAUGCCGCUGAUUAUGCUCUCUCCUGGGGAACAGCUUGACAAAAAGAACUAUCUCCCUGUUUCCUUACCAAAGUAUCAGGGGCUUACAUGUCAUUAUUAGUGCAAAGGGAUGUUUGGCCGACACAUGUUUAUGUUUUCAUGCGUAGAAUUUAGAGGUGAUCACCACUUGUAAGCAUGUUUUUGACAGCACUUGUAAUCUUGUAUCAGGUACUGAUGUUACGCCUUUAAAGGACUGGCAGCUCUAAAGGAUUUGUGUUUGUGUUGCAGGAACUGGAGGCAAUCAAAGCGCGGGUGAGAGAAAUGGAGGAAGAGGCAGAGAAGCUGAAAGAGCUACAGAACGAGGUGGAGAAACAGAUGAAUCUCAGCCCCCCACCAGGUAUUUGUUCAUGCUUCUUCUUUCAAACCACCCAAUGAAAAGAAAAGAAACCUUAAUGACGCCUUAAGCAAAGUUCACCUCAAUAUAGAGCAACACAUUCACUAAUAAACAAAUCUUGAAAGUUACCAUGCAGCUAUGGAGUGUAUAAGCUGCAGUCCCCUCCAGCAUUGAGUCAAGCAGCUCAUGCCAGAGUUCAACCCUGAUAGUGAUGCCAACAAUAAACUAUUAACAGACAAAUGAACCUAUGCAAUAAUACCGCAUACUGCAGUAUCGAGCCCCCCCUCAACCACUGCAGGGGGAAAUUCCCUCACCUAAACAGCUCUACUCCACAUAUGAGCUCAGUCCUUUCUGCAGCUGGAUAAUUCCUAUUAAGUAUCCAACUCCUGGUCUGAAUGUUGGGCAGAUGUUGAGUUUGACAAAGUUCAAGUCUGUCAUUACUGAUAGAGAAGCUGAAACUCGUCUCCAUUACCAUCAAAAAUAAGGUUACAUAAACAGCGAAAGUUGAAAAUCCCUGCGCAUGUUUUGAGCAGAUGUCUCAUGUGUUGUGCCUUUGAACUUCUGCUGGUCCCCAGAAGAAAAUCUGUUUUGAAAUAUUUGUGGAUAUGGAUAUUUUUCUGUCUUUUAGGUAGUAGCUAGACCAGGUACAUACAGGGGAAUAGCAUUUUAAACAGAUGAGCUUUUGUUCUAAGGCUCAUUCAUAAAUAAAUUGUCUUUUUGACUAUUUGGUCAACCUACAAUCCAAGUUGUUUCUUAUAGGCCGCUUAAGCUUUCAUUAAUUCUUCUUGUUUAACUCCUCUCUGUCUUCCCUCUGCAGUUGGGCCUGUCAUCAUGUCCAUCGAGGAAAAGAUGGAGGCAGACGGCAGGUCAAUUUAUGUUGGAAAUGUAAGUAACUGUCCGUUUAUCUCAGUAGGACCACAGUCCCCCCCUAUUUACUGCAACUUUGGGCUUGAUGAAUUUUUUUUUGUUUUAGGAGGAUUUUAGUGUUGCUUUUUUAAGCACACUGUGAUGAGUUUGAUAUGUAAUAAAUUAAAAUUAAUGCAGAUGUGUCCAUAUGAAGACAAGAGAGCCAAAUUCAACAAUUAAAUGAACAGCACACCAACACAAAAUCCGUUGGAUUACAGUUUUCACAGAUAAGCUUCAACUGAGCAUUAUGACAGAAGACUUCAAGACAACAAGCUGGUAGAUUUUGUUACUUGAGAAACUUUGGGACUGUUUAUCCAUAGUUCUCCUCCAAAAAGCCUCAAGAGUUCACUGUUGUUGUUGCAGUGUCAUUUCUUCAGCCUGUGAUACUCGACAUCUCACUGCACAGUAAAGUUUCUCAGAACAGAAAUAAUAAAUCAAACGUAAACCUUCUCAGCACUCUGUUAAGACCCUGGCUUAUAGGGGUGUAACGGUACAUAAAAAUCAUGGCUCAGCGCGGUUCAGUUAAUUUUCAGUACAGUAUGGGAAACACUAAAUGGAGUAAGUGGGCAGAGAUUUAUGCCGGUCGCUGAUUCGCUAGAGCGCACUGUCACUUUAUGGUUCCUGAACUUAAACACGUGCCAGCAAUGAAAUCCAGGUUUUCUGCUGUGUUUGUGAAUCUGGGGUCACUUUUGCACAUCUGCACAAACAUACAUUUACUAACCUUGCAUGAAUAAGACCCACUGACAAUGAGAGACUAAAGGGGUAAAUGUGAAACAUGUAAGCUGUGAGGAGAAGUCUACAUGUUGUGAAGGUAGCUCUCUAACUGUCUCCUCUUCUUUCGUCCUCUCUUUCUCCAGGUGGACUACGGUGCCACGGCAGAAGAGCUCGAGGCUCAUUUUCAUGGCUGCGGCUCAGUAAACAGAGUUACCAUCCUAUGUGACAAAUACACAGGGCAUCCCAAAGGGUAAUUAUCCACCAUCAUACAGUACCUCAUCACUUUGCAAUGAGCGCAUCAGUAAAUAAGCGGUUAUUAUAGUAAUUGGUGGCAAAUAUUACACAGUCACGGUGUUAGGCAGAACUGCUUUAUCACAGGUUUGCUUAACAAACGCAGUGACGCUGUCUCAUCUGUAUUUGUUGGUGUUUGCAUUUAGUUUGUCGUAUUCGCGUGAUUACCUCCAAAAUAGCUUAACUUGGAUACUCAGAGUAACAAAGGGAAACAAACUGUUAACUGUUAUUUCUGUUUGGGAGUAAAAUGAUUGACUGAUUUGAGUAUCUUGAUUUUAAAAAGCCCUAAAGGUAAGUUAUUUGCCUUCUUUAAAUCGUCCCACAUGCCUGAUAACUAAUAAGAAAACACAUAAAAGUUUAAUUCUGCCAAAGGCUUGAGUGUUUUUGAUUCACUCGCACAUAUCAUACUCUCUGACUGUUGAUGUCUUCUCUCUAGUUCAGGAAUCACCUCUUUACUGUCAUUGUGGGACAGAAAGUUGCAUUGUUGUCUUUUUAAAUACAUUAAUUAAAGAAAAAAUUGACAAGCACAAGUAAUUCAUUAGAUAUUUGAUCUGCUUCUGUCAAAUGUUAAAUCAUGCUCGUGAGUAAUUCUCCUAAUUUUGCUUUUUUUAGGUUUGCCUACAUAGAGUUUGCAGACAAAGAGUCUGUAAGGACAGCCAUGGCUUUGGACGAGUCCCUUUUCAGAGGCAGGCAGAUAAAGGUAAGAUUUAAUUGAAAUAUUUUCUUCAUUAUUUCUUAUUAUGGUUGCUGGAUCCACAUUAAAGAGCGGGAUAUAUUCCAGCUGGUUCUAUGGUCGCCCAUUCAGUAAAAGUGUUAAAGGUUAGCUUAAACUGAAAACUAAAAUUUCAAUGAAUAUUCUCUCAGCUGAUGCUACACAUUUAAAUUAAAUUAUUUACUGAAAUAUUUCAAAUUUCUGUAAUAUUAACGCUCACUUUUGCCUUUAAGGUGGGCGCUAAGAGAACAAACAGACCAGGCAUCAGCACCACAGACCGCGGCUUCCCAAGGGCUCGGUUUCGGUCACGAGGAGGAAAUUUUUCAUCACGCGCACGCUACUACAGUGGCUACACACCGCCAAGGGGCAGAGGACGGGCCUUCAGGUGAGCUGAUGACGGGGCGCCUGAUUCUGACUCUUUGGGAGAACAAUAAACCAGCAUGCACUGCACCUCAUACUCACAGGAUGAACUAGGCAGGCUAAUACGUUGGCAUAAAAUUAGUCUUGCAAUCAGAAUAAAUUUCACUUUUACUGCUUUGGCGAAGAAUUAACUAGGGAGCAACAAAAUUUAGACGUCGAAUAACUCCUCAGCAAGUUUAAAUGUGACCUCUGGUCCUGUUCAGGGUGAGCUCUCAACCUGAUUUUCACCACAGAAGGAACAGCAUUUAGUGAAUUAGUUAAUUCAGUCUGUUCUUCCUCUAUUUUUAUGCUGAUUGAGCGAUCAUGAGAGGGUGAAGACAGUAAGUUUAACAAAAAAAGAAAAAAAUAGAGUUACACACUGGAAUUGGUAACUUCAGUCAGUUUUCUUGUUAAGAUUUAUUGUAGUAAACUGGAAGGGCUAAACAGUAACUAAGUUGUGUAAAGGGAUGGGGAUAAUAUACAUUCAUGGAGCGAUAGAGACAAGUAGUCAGAGCAUUGUUAAUUCUUGUUAAUUUCUUUUCUAUAAAACAUGAAUUCUAGGGUAAUUGUGAUCUCAAUAUCAAAUUUAAUCAUUGUAUCUAUACGGAGAAAUAGAUUGUACUACAAACAGUGGAAGAAACUCAUGUACUCAAAUCAUACCAUUUAAUCAGAUCAAAAAUCAAUCCUAGCAGUUGUGAGACUGAGGGAUUCAUUGCAUGCCGCAUCAGAUAUGAUUUCAGACUGUUUCCUGCACCGUCAUUCACUGUUUUCCAACAGCUGUGACAACAAUCAAUCAUGACGGUGCAUGUGGUUUAUUUCUUUAACAGACAAUUCAAACAUCAGGUAUAGUCUGCAAACACCGUGCGUCAUAUUAAACAUAAGAGAAGCCCGGUGAAGAGCAGACUAAUGUGUGCUAGGAUUCUGGAGACCUUAAGCAGUCUUGUGGGUCUUAGUUCCUUAAAUUUAGUGUUUAAAGACUGUGGUUAAAAUACUCAGUCAGUUUCAGGUAGACAGUGAUCUUUAAAUGAGAAACUACAAAAAUUGUUCAUAACUGGUUUAUUGAACUUUUUUGUACCAAACAUAGAAUAUCUAAUUCCACACUUCAUGUAAGCCCCACAGAGCUCUGUCCGUGGAGCUCUUAUUUGUCAGCUUUCCCACACAUGCACUAAGCUUUGAGACUGAGAUAUUCUGAUUUGACCUGAGACCUCAGGCCCUGCCUUUGUCUUCAUACAUAAUAUUCAACAAAUGAUGCAACAGCAUUUCUAACAGUCAGUCUAAAACCAGUAAACCAGUUUCCCAGAGGGAUUCAUUGAGUGAAGCUUAUCUCGUGUGCCUAUUGCUUCAGUUUUCUCUUCGCUCUUGUUUGUUAAACAAAUUUCCAUUUUCAGUGAGGCAACCUUGUCAUUGUUUCAGAAAGUGUCUGAACUUCAAGGUCAGAAUCUCAAUUCCUACUUAGCCAGUACUACACAUACCAGGAAACCCUCACAUCACCAGGUUACUCACAGGGAUUUGGCUCGAAAUGCAGGACAAGUCACACAGAGAAUCAGGAUUUUAAAGAUUCUUUAUCAAGUUUCCAGGAGCUAAAAGGGCUGAUAGUGACUUAAAAAUCUGAACCUUAAAAAUGAUAAAGUAUACAUGUGUCAGCACAUCAUAAUACACAUGCUGCAAUGAUCCAGCAAAUUGAAAUUUAAAUGUCAGUAAUUGAAUCAUGAAGACGGUCAUGCACUCAGGGAAAGGUUAUGUUGUUGAGUCAUUUCACUGUUUGUCUAAUUUGCAUAUGAUACACAUUCAGAGUCCUGUGAAUGUUCAGUUUUAUUUCUAUCUGUGAAGUCAGCAUGAGCAGCAGACGUUUCCCCGUGUCUAUUUCUGUAGGCUCCAUCUUGAUCAGUUUGUGGAUUCACUCUGUAUGUAACACUCUGGUUGCCUCCUCCUGCCAGGACAGAGGUCACAUUUUUUUCCAUCUUUCAGGGACAGAAGUUACAGCUCAGCUACGUUUCCUCAUCAUCAUGUUUUACUCUAGCUUUUGUUGAGCGAAAUUGUCCGAUAGCUUCCAGGUCCAACUGUUUUCUUUGUGCUAUUAAGCAGGAAAGUGUCAUUUUGACCGGGGUGGCACAGCUGGGGCCCUGACAUAAAUCGAGGUUACCCACCAGCGUAGGCUUGUAUGUUUAUGUGAAUAAGUAAAGCAUUUCUGGUUUGUUAGUCUUGGAGGAUUAUUGUCAGGUUGAUAAUAAAUAUAAGAGCGAAACAACCACAGACAUGAUUUAUUAUUUGACAUUAAAAUCUAAACGGACAUUAACAGUGAUAUUUCUCUUGUUACAAGGUCAUGAAACGUUUAUUUUACUCAGUUAAAGAUAGAAUAUUAAAAGUUCUCACUGAUAAAAACAGAAAUCCAAAAGCCCCGUUUAACUCAUAAUCAUCCAGAGUGUUUCCACUUUAGCUGGCCUUGAUCACAUCUUGUUGAGUGCUUAGUGAGUCCCACAUGAGCUCAUCUCUAGUCUACUUAACAUCAUGCAUUGGUGAACAAACUGCAUCAGGAUCUGAUCUAGAGCUGUUGUGGGAACACAGACAUUGUCGAGAAAAUCACGAUCACUUAACCGUCCUCGUAUUGACCCAUCGUGAGCUUGUGAGGAUGUGACUGUCCUGCACUUACCCUCCAAAAUGUUAGUUUCAUUCAAGUUUUUGAAGUGUUGAUCCGUGUGGGUCACAGGUGAUGAUCUGAGCCUGUGAAAUCCCGAUGUUUUAUAUGUGCUUAAGAAAUUGGCCUUCAGUUGGUGUCACACCCAUUAACCUCAUUAUUAUCAUCAUUUCUCUAAUUUGGCACAUUCAGAUAUUUUGAUGUCGGCCAAAAGACACAUGCUCAUGAUGUGGGAGGAGCUCUUGUGUUUUUUUUUGCAGUGCAUAUAGAGAGCAUACCCAUGCAUGUACAUACACCAUCUUACACACCACACGCAGCACAGCUCAGACUCACCUUUACACCUUUCACUCCCAGAAUGGAGGGUUCAUUACUGCAGCCUGACUUCAGCAUCUAAGCCAAACGACUGCUGGUUUCAGUCCCACUGUGACCUUUUUUUUGUGAUUUUGUUGCCGCUGAAUGGUGCGAUGUGAAACGGUGAGAGGGAGUGUGUCGCGUUUGCUGUCGCCUGGCUUUUGUGUACGUGUGAGGCAGUGUUUGACUGUAUAAUCAAUCGAAUUCUGUCCCCCAAACUGUCAAAUAUGUGUGUACGCUUGUAUGUGUAAUGUGUCUUGCUGGGGGUUUAUGUGUGGUGCUGUUUGUCCUCAAGGUUUUUCCCCACAGUGACCCCAGAGGCGGCUCUCACAGAGAGAGACAGAGAGAGAGAAAGAGGGAGAGAGAGUGCCUUUGCUGUCCCCUUACACCCGCACACUAAUCCUUACCAUGAUAUCUGGAAAUUAAACACUAUCUUCUCUUGAUAAAGCUGCUUUCAGCUCCUCUCAGCACUGUAGUACAUUCUUCCAGAUUCAUUUGUUGUAAUGCAACAACGUGUAUCAAUCAAAGGCACAAAUCCAAGUAUGUCUAUUUAUUUGUGAGCAGUGUCCUCAACAAUGUGUUAUUCGUUUUCAUAAAUAUAUUAUACAAGUAUAUUUUCCCCCCUUCAGUUUACACCCUGGAAUGAAAUUUCAGCAGACCCUGUCUCUGCCCACAAUCGCACCCACACACACCCACACAUACACAUACACACACAUACAUACGCACACACAUGUACAUCAUAUUUAUCACAUUAUACCACACCAGGAAAUUGGUGUCCGUCUUCUUAAGCCAACAAGAAAAAAACUCACCCUCUUUUUCUCUCUCUUUUCCAGGGGCCGAGGGCGAACAACAUCGUGGUAUUCCCCUUACUAAACCCCCCCCCCUCCCCUCUCCCAUACACCCCCUUACUAUCAACCCUUUCCCCUUAUCUGUUCCCAUUUGAAAAAAAAAAAGAAAACACUGAAAAAAAGAAAAAAACACAAUGAAAAAAAGCCCUCUCCUCCCCCAACAAUAAAAGAAGAGAAUCCCAGAAGAGAGAAAAAAAAGACAAAAAAGGAAAAAAAAAAAAACUACUCCUGGACAGAGAGACUGACUGGCCGCAGUGUGCGAUUGUGUGUGAGCGUGCGUGUGCUGGAGGUUGAUGCGGUCGCCCCUGGUAAGGUAUAUGUUGGCCAUCGGGGAAACUAUGGUGGCAGAUUUUUUUGUUUUUCAUUGGUUUUUGAGGGGAUGGAAAGGGGAGGGGGGGGGUACAAGGGGAAGAUGAUGGUAUCUCAGGCUGCAGAUGUGUCUCCUUUGGUCUGGCUGUGACCUCCUGUUUCUUUUUUUUUUUUUUUUCUUUUUUUACACCAUCACCAACACAGCCCACCCACUCACCUUCCACCACCACUACCAAAACAAGAAAAAAAAAUGUGUGGGGUAAACGGCGAAAACAGAAAAAAAGAUACUGUAUUCAUUUUUAAAUGUACCGUAGAAAUGUGAUGCUUCUGAUAGCCAGAGUAUUUGUUGUUGUGUUUCAGUUUGUGGUUUGAAGUCUAUCAUUACCUCCCCUGCCCCUGCCCCCCCUCCCUCAAUCCAACCCCAUCUGUGUUGGCAGUUUUCUGCCCCUUCACCACUCCCCUCCCUGCAUUACUUUAUCUCACGUCUCCCCCGCUCCCUACCUCUUCUUUGGCUCAUCUCACCAUGGAUUGUGUUCUUCUGUCCGCUGCUCUCCAGGCAGUGACGGACCUUCAGUGUUCAGUGCGAUUAUUCAUGUUUAAUUUCCGCUCCUGGGCGGGGCUCCUUAUGUGCCGCCACCUCCCCAUCGCUUGCCCAUCCCUGUCCCCACCUCCUCAAACAUGGCCACAGCUCCUCCUGAUUUCUUAGACAGGCAUCAAUGUUUUUAUUUUGUGCGCCCUGCAUUCCCCCCCGACCCUUUUCCCCUCUCCCCCUCUGUGCUCCCUGUCUCUUCUGUUUCGUCUCUCCCCUUCCCUUUCCCUCCCCCCCUCCUCUCUUUGUAUAUUAGACCACUUCUUGUCGUUUCAGGUUUCAGGACCAGUGGAGGCUGACGACCCCUCCCCAGGUGGCGCCGGCCCCCCCCACUGUCUCUGCAGCGUCUCUCUCUCUCUCUGCUCCCGCUAUGCACACUCACCCCAUCCUGUCCGUGUGGGGGGGCGGGGGAGGGGGGCAGGGCGACCACAGGCCUGCCACAGGGGGCAUUUACUACAACAGCAAACGCUGAUGAUGCUUUCAGGCCCCUUCACACCUCAACUCACUCACACAUGGAUGAAACAAACACACACACACGCACACACACACACACACUUAAACACCUGUUCAACAUACACCACAGCACAUUGCAGUACAGGCAGCACUUAACAGGCAGCCAACCCAACACAUAAUUUAUAUACAGAGCUGAAGACAGCAUAGCUGAGUGGCAGGCAAGUUUGUGUGAAAGUGAGAAAGCAGGACCAGAGGCAAGGGUUUUUUCGGGGGGUGCACAGUGCAGAACUUAAGAGGCCCAUUCUCUGACCACGUGCAGUGAAGUCACGGCUUGUCUGAGGAAGGCAGACGAGCUAACGGCAUUAUUAAUUUAAUAAAUGGAGUGUGCUGGAGCUGUUGUUUUAGGGCUGGGGGAAGUCAGGUGUGGGGUUCGUGUGGAGCCUUUCUUUCUUCUUUUGAAAAGGGGGAGUGGGUUUGAUCAAAUGUUUUGCUUUUUUAAUUUUUAUUUUUAACCCAUGAGUCUGUAAUUAGGGGAAAAAAAAUAAAGACAUUGUGUAAAAAUGAG